GCUCAGCUGCUGGAGUGUUCCGUGGAGGAGCCCCGCCCAGGUGUUGCGACAACUUCCGGUCAAUGAAGAGAUGGAGCCCGGCGGGCAGGACAUCAACCUUAACUCUCCUAACAAAGGUUUGCUGUCAGACACCAUGACCGACGUUCCCGUGGAUCCAGCAGGAAGCCGAGUGCCGGCUGACGCCGCAGGGGCGGGGCUACCCGAAGGCUUGACGGAGGCCGAAGCAGAGGAGAUCCAGAACGAGCUAGUCAAGGUAGAGGAGGAAAUCCUUACCCUGCGCCAGGUUCUUGCCGCCAAGGAGCGCCAUGCAGCGGAGCUGAAGAGAAAGUUGGGGCAGACCACACUCAACCAGCUGAAGCUGAACCUGUCUAAGAGCCUGCAGGAGGUGCAGAUGUCCUCAGCUUAUGUAAAAACUUCAGAGAAAAUCGGAGAGUGGAACGAGAAAAUGACUCAGUCCGACGUAUACAAGAAGACUCAAGAAACCCUGUCUACCGCUGGGCAGAAAACUACCGCAGCGCUGUCUAAUGUCGGCUCCGUCAUUUCCCGGAAGCUGGGGGACAUGAGGGCCCUCCCUUUCUCUCAGUCUUUUAGUAGCAGUUACUCAAUCCGUCACUCCAUAAGCAUGCCUGCAAUGAGGAACUCCAAUACCUUCAAAUCCUUCGAAGAGCGCGUAGUGGGUCCAAAGCCCCGGGGGUCAACCGACAGCAAUGGAGAGAACGGUAGCCAGAGCUUACACUCACCGGACAAGUCACAGGAUUCCGCUCCAUUCUAGGCCUUCCUCCUCACACCCCCAACCCCCCCCCCUUACUUUUGUUUCCCAUUCCUUGUCUUGUAACAACUCCCAUCAUCAUCUCACAGCCUUGCUGGGCUGCCAAAAAAAAGA